ACCCCAAAAGUGAGAGGGCUGGAAUUCAAGCAGUUGAUGUAUAUCCCUGCAGGAGAGGGAGAGAGAGAGAGAAAGAUCAGGACACGGGCAGAGGGAAUCCGCACCCUUUCCAGAGUGAUUGUAGAAAGCUGUACGUUUGUGCGUGUCUUCUCCGUUGUGCGCCUCCGCGGACUUGCGCGUAAAGACAAUCAAUGAAGGAGAGAAGAUCUAUACAGAAACUGUCCCUUCAGUCCGGAAUGGAUCCGAGUCAGAGCCUCAAAUGUAAGAUCGUGGUUGUGGGGGACAGUCAGUGUGGGAAAACCGCUCUGCUCCACGUUUUUGCCAAGGACUGUUUCCCAGAGAAUUACGUUCCCACCGUGUUUGAGAAUUACACAGCAAGUUUUGAGAUUGACAAGCAGAGAAUAGAGCUCAGCCUGUGGGACACCUCAGGCUCCCCGUAUUAUGACAACGUCAGGCCGCUUUCGUAUCCGGACUCAGACGCAGUAAUUAUAUGCUUUGACAUCAGCCGACCAGAGACCCUGGACAGCGUCCUAAAGAAGUGGAAAGGGGAGAUCCAGGAAUUCUGUCCUAACACAAAGAUGCUGCUCGUCGGAUGCAAGUCAGAUCUCAGAACGGACCUCACGACUUUAGUGGAGCUGUCAAAUCACAGACAGACACCGGUGUCAUAUGAUCAGGGUUCAGCUAUGGCUAAGCAGAUAUCCGCACCUUAUAUCGAAUGCUCUGCAGUGCAGUCCGAAAACAGCGUGCGGGACAUUUUCCAUGUUGCAACGUUGGCUUGUGUAAAUAAGAACAACAAAAACAUCAAGCGCAACAAAUCGGCACGCUCCACCAAACGCAUCUCGCACAUGCCCAGUCGACCAGACCUAGCUGCUGUGGCAACAGACCUACGUAAAGACAAAGCAAAGAGUUGCACAGUAAUGUAACACAAGGCUUUGGGGGGAAAGAUUCAUUCUGGGAAACGGUGAGGGUGGACUGUGCAAGAAAGUUCUGGAAUUGCCUCCAAAGACAAAGCAAAAGUGGAGAGCGGGAGCGUUUACGUGAUGUACCUGAAGGUCUCUCCAGUUUGAGGGUUCUUGUUGCCAGAACUUGAUAAGCUUGCGGACGUGAACCCAUAUUACGGCCCCAACCACCUCUCCUAAACUUAUCCACUCAGCAGGAGGAUGUCACCACCCUCUCGGCCAAUGGGAGGUCUUCCUUCCUGCUCCUGGAUUUGAAGCUGCUUCCUCUCUGGAGGAUUCCUUUUGGAAGCUUCUCCUGCAGGAAAGGAAGGAGGAAGUAGAAUCACAUAACUAUUGAAUCCAGAGUUCCGCUGAGCUUUGGCUCAGCUAUUUUUAAAAGAUGCACGUUUCGGUUGGCAUCAACAAUCGCACGAUGGAACAGUGAAGGGGAAGAUGAUUUCCAAAAUGGCGCAAUUUUGGAUAAAAGACAACUCUCGCUUCUUUCUUUUUGAGUCUGUACAGCUAAAUGGGGAUAUGAAACGAGAGUGUAUCACUGUGGUUACGGAUCACUUCCUCCUUCGAUCCUCCUCGGUCUGUUUUGUUCCUUCUGUAGACCAAGAGCACGAGUUUGUGUGUGUGCGUGGUUUUCGUUUUCUUAUGCUAAGCUCAGCUAAAACUGUCACCAUGGAUACGCCGCUGGUAUAUUUGAACUCGCACCGUUUUCUCUAUAACUCCUCAUAAUCACAUUACGGUUCAUUAGGAUUCAGAAAAAGACAAACCAAAGAACUGGAAGGUUUUCAAGUCGGAUGACUCAACGUUUGACGUUCUGAAGCGCAUGAUGGAUGUGUUUUUGAGGGCUUUUGGUGGAUCAAUGAGAACUUCUUUCACGGUUCUGUGAGAACAUGGUUACGCUUGUCUUUAUAGACCGGGUAUAUAGAAGUGCAAAUAUGACCUUUGAGAAUUGACCUGAGCAUUUAGUAUUCAUUUGCAUUCGGUUUAUCCCUGAAGGGACAUUCGCACUGACAACGAUUUGCUGCAUUUGGAAGUCAUUAAUUUGCAAUGAGGGAUGGUGAUUGCAGGACAGACUGUUUAGAGUUCAAUUUUAUGCAAAUCUGGAACAGUACUUUGGUGUGGCCUUUAAAAAACCAGUAGCCCCUCACUGCAGUACACAAGCUCCAGGGGGUGACGUUACAUCCAAAUCUAGGGGUUGGAAAUGGGUAGGUGUAGGGAUCAGGGGGUGGAGGCGGGUAGGUUUAGGGAUAUGUAAGGUGGGAAGUGUUGGAUCUGGAUCCACCUGGAUCUUGUGUUCUGCAGUGAGGACCAUCUUGAGAUACCACUAAUCACAGUACACUGUUAGCAUGCUAAUUUAACUAAAAAUAUCAUGAAUGUAACAUAUUGUAGACAAAAAUCUAGCUAAACCGUCGGCUCCAAUAGCCCUGCGCACAGUGUGCCGACAUAUAGUGCAAUUGCACCUCGGGUGUUCCGAAAAAAACACCAUUUUGCUAAACGAGUCAGUUUUUGGACAACUGAUCAUUGUAACCGAUCCCUAGUAGGAACAUAUAAUUGAAACCAAUAGUAUAGCAAGUUGGUGACAUCCAGAGAUUUAAUUUCUGUCAGUGUAAAUGCCGCAUACGUCUAACACCACCAUAAAAAUAGCACAAAACUAGCUUUACAUUGUAAAUUGUCAUUAUCAGUCAAAUGUUACAUGAACAUUUGUGCCUUUUCUGACAUCUGUGAAGUUUUGUUUAAGCACAAUUGAACUAAUAAAUAAACAAUCAAACAUAAAUUCAAGGUCAUAUUAAAUCUGCGCUUCUAUCUGCCCAGUCCAGGAAAGAAAAAAAAAGUUUUCAAAAAACACACAAGAAAAAAUUCUCUCCUCUCUCUACUAAACUAUGCAGUCUGCUUCUAAACACGUGCGAGAGGAUUGAGAAAACUGAAUAAUGCACAUUCUUUCUCUUUCAAAACUAAUUCAGUGUAUUGCCUUGCAGAGCCGUGGGAAAAAAAAAUGUGUCUCACCUUUGUAGUGCUAAAAGUUUCUCAAAACUAAAUCUUCAGAAGUUUGAAGCUAGCUGCAAAGUCUCAUUUGCUGCAUGUUUGUAGUUGCACUUUUCGUUAAAACUUGCGCAAAACAAACAAAAACUGUCUUUUCUACAUUCGUUUUUAUUGUUUUUAAUGGGUCAGAGAGAAUUUCCUCGACUGUGUUGCAAAAUUUGUUUUCACAUAGACAGUAUUAAACAAAUUUGGUGUGUGUAAAUGUUGAGAUGUGUAGGUGCUGUUGAAAAAAACAAAAACAAAUGUUUCCUAAUGUAGGAUUUCUGUAAUUUUUUUUAAUGCCUUCUGUGUGUGUUGAGGUCCAUGUAUGUCUGUUUUUGUUGAUGUUGCCAUAAUAUUUAUUGAAUUAUAUAUUUUUUCCCUUAAAAAUAAAUGCAAAAAUAAAAUGAAAACAA